AUGUCAACCGUUAAAUCUGCUACUACUUCUACUUCGGCUCCUCAAAGAAGAAGAGAAAUCAAACGUCCAGAUGAUAAAGCUAUCAAGGAAGAAAUUGAAAAGUUGAAAAAUGAGAUUAAAAAAUUAGAUCUCACCAACAACGAAAUCAAUGCUCAAAUCGCCAAAGCUCAAAUCGAUCAAAAAGUCAUGGACAAGAGAAACAAAUUGCAAACUGAAUUGAAGUCUUUGAUUGCCAAACAAUCUCAAGGCAAAAACGAACGUCAAUUAAUCAAUGACCAAAUCAAGACAAUUGAUGCAUCCAUGAAGAAAAGAAUUGCUGAAAUUCAACAACAAACCUCCAAAAACAACUUUAAAAAUGUUGCUGAAAUUGAUUCUAGAAUCAAUUACUUGGACGGAUUGAUUGAUGCUGGUAGUUUGAAAUUGGCCGAUGAAAGAAGAUUUGUCAAGGAAAUGUCGUCUUUACGUAAAUUACGUAAGGAUUUCGGAUCAAUUGAAAAAACCCAAGAAUUGAUUGAUCAAGACAAAGCCAAGAUUGCCGAAUUGAAAAAGAAAUUGUCUGCUACUCAUAACAAGGAAAUUCAAGCUCAAUUCGAAACCAUUCAAAAGGAAUUGGAUGCUAUUAACGAAUCGAACAAGACCAUCAUUUCCAAAAGAGAUGAAUUACGUGACAAAAGAACUGAGAUCAAAAAGCAAAAAGAUGCCAAAUAUGAACAAAUUAGAAAAAUCAGAAGUGACUUUGAUGAAAAAUUUGCUACUUUUAAGAAACAAUUAGCCGAAGAAAAGAAGAGACGUGACGAAGAAUACAAGCAAAGAUUAUUGGAAGAAAAACAACAAAAAAAGAAGGAACAAGCUGAAAAGGAAUUAGCUGAAGCUUCCAUUCCAGCUUUCACCGAGGAAAUCAAUUCUAUCCACACUUUAUUAUCUUACUUUGACCCAUCUUAUGUCAAACCAACUAAGAAGACCGAAACCAACGGAACUUUACCAACUAACAACAACAUUAGAAAAGUUGAAUUUCCUGAAGAUGUUGUUGUUAUCAAAAAGGAACAAGAAGAGUUCUUUGCUGGUACCAAAGGUAAAAAGGGUAAACAACACCAAAAGAAAUCCGCCAAACACAAGCAUUUCACCGUUGCUCCUGAAGUUGUUGUUGCUUUAAGUGACUUGACCAUUGCUUUCCCAACCAAAGAAGAGGAAGUUCCAGAAACCAUCAAGACUUUGAAAGAAACCUUGACUGCUCUUGAAGAGAAGCAAGAAGAACAAACCAAAGUCAACAUUGAAAGAGCCAAGGCCAGAAUUGCUAAAUUAGAAGCAGAGGAAGAAAAAGAAGAAGAAGAAUCUGAAGCUGCUACUACUGCUACUGAAGAAGAAACAGACCAAAAAGUUGAAGCUUGA